AAAAGAACCGCUUGCCGCGAUCUUCUGCUAUGACACUUCAAUGAACAACAGCCAUGGCUGCCUUCCGUAGACUUAUUUCCACAUCGACUAAUUUCUCAUCUACCUCAGGGAGAUUUGUAUUUUGGAAACAAACACCGAAGAGAACUAAGACAUUUAAACGUAUUGCAACUGGAGUAUGUAUCGCCACCGGAGCUGGUUUCGCGAGUUAUUACAAUGUCCAAAAGAAACUGUCAAACCAAAUCGAUAAUGGUUUACUUCUCGCAUUACCAGCAGUAUCUGCUACAGAUAAGGCCAAGACAUUUGAUCUGGAUGAUGGGGAUGUUACAUGUCGUCCCAUGAGGCCAGUUCGGUUGUUCAGCUCAGUGGAAUAUGAGGGACAGCUAUAUAUGACCCCAUUGACUUCAUUGAGUCUGUCACAUGGGUGAGCCUAAGAAAAAGAGGAUUUGGAAGUCUCUAACAAAACAGGAGUUGGAACAGAUGCUGGCAGACACCCCUACUGUUUUUAAAGGAUCAUCCAAUUUAUUCAGGAACCUACGUCACCGAGGCAUCAUCGGUUACACAGAGUAUCUAUUCCUGCUCUGCAUUUUAACAAAACCUCAUGCUGGCUUUAAGAUAGCUUUCAACAUGUUUGAUGCUGAUGGAAACAAAAUGGUGGACAAACGGGAGUUCUUGGUGCUUGAGGAAAUCUUCCGUAAGAAAAAGGAUGGAAAAGAAGCAGAUGAUGGUGCUCCAAGGUCUGACAAGCUGAACCUGCAACUGUAUGGGAACCGGGAGUCCCGUGCACAGAGAGUCCUUAGAAAAGAGGCCCAGCAGUUAGAGCCCCGGGGCAUGUGGGAUGCUCUGAGAAAGGGGGCAAGCCAAGCUCUCUUUUCUGACCUAGAGAAUAUGGAUGAAAAUAUGACCGACACGACCCUGCUGGUUCAUUUCUUCGGGAAAAAGGGAAAGGCAGAGUUGGGCUUCGAUGAUUUUUACAGAUUCAUGGACAACUUGCAGACAGAGGUGCUUGAGAUUGAGUUCCUGUCCUAUUCCAAAGGCCUGCCUAUCAUCAGUGAGGAGGACUUUGCCCACAUCCUGUUGCGUUUCACCAACGUAGACGACAUUGCAGGUUACCUGGACAAUGUGCGCAAGAGCAUUACAGAUGAGAAGGGAAUCACCUUUGAUGAGUUCAGAUCCUUCUUCCAAUUCAUGAACAACCUGGAGGAUUUCGCUAUAGCCAUGCAAAUGUACAACUUUGCCAACCGUUCCAUUGGCCAAGGCGUUUAGAGUGGAUGACAAGAAGAAGUUCACUUCUUUCAAGUCCUGUCUGAAGAAGGAGAUCUCGUCAGGCAGAUAGAUCACCAGCUGAAUGUCCUGCACUCUCAGUCUGCACCCCCCUCUACCUGGAUAGACUUCCCCUGAUCCAUGAAGAUCAUUCAAAACAACAGUACAGUUCAUUUUGCUAUCAAUGUGAAGAUGAGAGAAGGAUAGAUGAAUGUGUCAGUCUCUGCAUAGUGGUCUAAAAAGGUGAACUGAACUAGGAUUCUCCCCACCUAGGCCUAGUUGGAUGCUACUCGAGGUGUUUUCAAGUUGAGAUUGAUGUGAGAAAACAAAGGAUUUCUCUGAUGACCCUAAAACUAAGCCAUUUUAAAUACCUGAAGUCUUAAGCUUGUUGUUCAGCUUUCAGUCUGAAAUCAACAAUAUGUAGUGCUGUGAUGUUAAAUUGCAUUGAUGGUAUUUUAUUUUUCUACCAGAUUGUUUAAAAACAAAUGAAAUCAGGGGAAUGCUAUGGAUCAGGACUGGUUUAACACCUUCCUGGUCUUCUACAAGUCACACGAGCUGAUAGGGUCACUGGAAACUCCAACCUAUUGUUGUAACAGAUUUAGUCACCCAGGGUGAAUAUAUUAUUGAUUCAUCUAUCUAUCUAUGUACAGUAUUUAUUCACCAUUUUACCGUAUUCAUUUGUUAUUCAUUUGUUUGUUUAUCACUGUAAGUCUCUGAAAAGGAAAAACCCAUUUGGUUGUUUUGUGGCUGGCAGGCUGUAGCUCUGACAGUGUGUGUAGUAUUGUUCAGUGUGGUUCCCUCCCAGUCCUAAACCUGCUAAUCUGCCUCUAUGCAUUGCUGACAUACUUUCUCCAAGCCUGUCUGCAGCCCACUGCACAGAUCAGCUUACGCAGGGGAGUACAGCCUCCCUCUUGUGUUCUGUUCACAUGGCUGCCUUCUGCAGCUGAUUCUCAAAUAACUCAGAGCCAGCUAGCUAACACCUUUCAAAUGGGGGUUUUAUCUCUGGGGUUCAUUGUGUAAAUAGAGGCAGCUAACUCCGUUAAUAAUUAUUAUAAUCAAGAGUUUACUCUGAUGUAAUGGAGAAAUUCAGUGUGUAUAUUAACUAUACACACUAUUCAUACUAGGCCUAUUCAGCCUACUGACAGGGAUUCUAUACAAUGAGGACUAUAUUAAUUUGCGGUAAUUGUUUUUACUAAAGGCAAAAUACAAUGUUUAAAUAACAUGAGGUUACUGUUCAGAGGCGUACCUGUGUUUAUUUCCCAAUGGGUUACCCAGGAAAAUCUUGUUCUACUGUGUACCAUCAUGACAUAUAUAUUUUAAAAUGUCAAAUAUAGUGUAUAUGCAUUUCAGUGAUGUUUUCUAGAGACRGUAGUUCUGAUCUGAAGUGGUGGAUUUCCUGCUUGAAUAGAGACUUGGGUCUCUAUUAAAUCCGUAUCACAGAAAUUCAGCGUUAGUGUGGUUGGAAUUUAAUGUUCCUGUGUUAGCAGAGACUCAUUGUAAACGCUGCAGAUGUCGGCUCAAUAGGAAAUGGCCUUUACGUGUUUAGCAUGCUAUCUGUAAUGCUCCAGCGAUACAGAUUGAACAUAGCCCUUGGUUUGCUAGUUCCAAUGUCUAACAAUAUUAUCUCGUAUGUUACAUAUUAAAUCAAAUAAAUGGUUUUGUCUAAUUAGCCUACUUCUUUGCAUGGUAUAACAGAAUACAUUAGUAAUGUGAAUAUCCUACAUCUCCUCUUAGUUUACCUCUUUUGAAUGAUGUUUGGAAGUCAUGUGGAUGACAGCUCUCUCUACAGAACUUUGUUUAGAUGAUCAAAUGGAUUACACAGGCUGUUGCAGGCUGUUACAUUGACUUGGUAAAUAAAGAUGUUAAGAACAAUCAA